CCUGUGCAAUGCCAGGUGUAACCCAAAAAAGAAAAAAAAAAACUAGGGCAAAAUCAUAGUUCUGAGAACUAAGAACUAUGAUUUUGCUGUCACUAGCCCUGGAUCUGUGCUCUGGGGAUCUCACAUGCUGCUGUGGAUGCCAACAGGUUCCUGACCCACCAUUACAUGGAAUGCAAGUGCCGUAACCUUUGUACUAUCUCUCUGGUCCUCUUUAUUCUAUAUAUUUGGGCCAUAUCUGGCAGUGCUCGGGGGCUUGCUCCUGGCUCUGUGCUCAGGGGUCACUCCUGGUGGGACUUGGGGACCUUAUGAGUUGUCGGGGGUACAAGGCAAGCACCCUAACCACUGUACUAGUUCUCGGGCCCUGAUGGAAGUUUUUAAAAUUUUUGUUUUGGGGCGACACCCAGCAGUGCUGCGGGGCUUACUCCUAGCUCUGUGCUCACUCCUAGUGAUAUGUGGGCCAGCGAUCAAACCUAAGUCAACUACAUAUAAGACAAGCACCCUACCCACUGUUUUAUCGCUUUGGUCUCUCUUUUCCAUUUUUAAGGGAGGUUUUUUAUUUUGGGGGGGGCACAUCCAGCAAGGCUUAGGGGUUACCCUUGGAUGCCAGGAUCAAACCUAGCACAAUCAUAUGCAAGGUAAAUUCUCCACCUGCUGUACUACUGAGUUUGCCCCCCUUUUCCAUUUUGUAAUAAGUCAUCACUGCAAAGAUACUUGAUUGGUUUUUUGUUUGCUUUGUUUGGCCAUACCCAGCCAUGGGUAUGUUUGGCCAUACCCAGCGAUGCUUAGGGGUUGCUGCUGGCUCUGCACUCAGGAAUUAUUCCUGGCAGUGCUUUGGGGACCUUAUGGGAUGCUAGGGAUCAAACCCAGGUGGGAUGUGGACCAGGCAACUGCUGUACUAUCAUUCCACCCCCAAAUGAAGACAAGAGAAGUAUAAACAUCAUGUCCCUCCAAUCAUCGUUUAUCACAAAGGGGAGCCCUGACGCUCAUGAUGGGCUCCUGGGUAGUUUCUGGUAGUGAACAGGGGCUCCAGGGCCUCAGAUGUUUUGGAUUCACAGCCCCAGGGAUCAGCCGGGCCGGGUUGGGCUGUCUUUGAUCUCCGUCUUGGAGGCCCAAUGCACAUAUUUCUGCUGGUAGGUCACCAGGGCUCUGGAGAUGGACUGGAAGAUUGUGUAAGUCUGGCCCACGUGACCACCCCUUGCCCAGAGACACAUAUGUCCACGCCAUGAUGCUGCCAAUGUCUUCUUGUUCUUUUUUUUGGGGGUGAGGGUUGGGUCAUACUCAGCAAUGCUCAGGGGUUACUCCUGGCUCUACACUCAGGAUUCACUGCUGGCGAUGCUCGGGGGACCAUAUGGAAGAGGCAGGUAUCAAACCCGGGUCAGCCACAUGCAAGGCAAAUGCCCUCUCACUUUAUUAUUGCUCUGGCCCCUUGUUCUUUAAUUUGGGCCACAAUCGAUGGUGCUCAGGGACUGCACAUGGCUCAGUGCUCAGGGAACGAAGCAGUGCCCUCCUGCACGCAAAUCCUACAGUCCUGAGGCUGGAGCUAGUACAGUGAAUAAGGUGUUUGCCCUGUACACGGCUGUCCCAGCUUCAAUCCCUGCACCUCCAAGGGGAAUCCCUGAACACAGAGCUGAGAGUAAGCACGCCCUGAGCACAAGCUAGGUGUGGCCCCCAAAUCAAAACAAACCAACACGCACACAUAUACACGCACAUACGCAAAGCAUAUACUCACGCCAAGCCUCUGAGCUGUCUCCCCAGCCCUACAAAUGUCACUGUGCCCCGAGCAGAUGAAGUGACUUGGGCUGCAGCAUUGAGAGGCUCCAUCAGCGCUGGGCUCCCCCAUCCCCCUGAUGAGUCCAGAUGUACCAGGCCUUGUGGUGUAGACUUUAGACUACAGUGGGCUCCUGGACUGUGGGUAUAGACAAGGGCGCCUUCCAGUGGCCAGAGAGGUUUAAAGCUCUCACCCUGUGUGCUGCUAACUCAGGUUUCUUUUCUUUCUUUUUUCUGUGCGGUUUAUUUGUUUUGUUUGGGGGCCACGCCUGUCUCUGUUCAGAAGUGAUUCCUGGCUCUGUGCUCAAGGAUCACUCACUUCUGGCAGGCUUAAGUGACUAUCUGGGGUGCCAGAAAUCAAACCUGAGUCAGCCCCAUGUUAGCAAGUGCCCUACCUGAUGAUCUCUCAGGCGCUAUUUUAUUUAUUUAUUUAUUUAUUGCUUUUUGAGUCACACCCAGCGAUGCACAGGGGUUACUCCUGGCUCUGCACUCAGAAAUUACUCCUGGCGGUUGCUCAGGGGACCAUAUGGAACGCUGGGAAUCGAAUGUGGGUUGGCCACAUGCAAGGCAUAUGCCCUACCCGCUGUGCUAUCACUCCCACCCCCACGCACUCUUUUUUUUGAGGGGGGGCAUACCCAGGUAGCGUUCAGGUAUCACACCUGGUGGGGCUCAGGAGAUCAUUGUGAUUUCUGAGAUCAAACCCAGGUUGGCAAGGCAAGGACCCUACCUGCUGGACUAUGGCUCUGGGCUGGUUUGACCCUGGCACAGAUGGUCCGUGAGCACUGUCAGGGAGAGUUGCCCAAUGCCACUGAGUGUGGUCCUUAAACCCAGAAAGUACGAUGUUCUUCAGCAAACUUGCAAUGCAACCAAGAAUGCCACUUCCCUGCUAAGCCUAUUGAAGACUCCAGGAAUCUCUUGUCAACCUCUCAUCCCGCAGAGAUAGAGAGAGAGCUUGAGGUUGAUGUUGGGUACAGAAAGUAAUAGGAAAUGAAUGGAGGUCCUGGGUCGUCUAGGGGAACAAAAGGACCCCUAGGGAAACUGGGGAAUGCAUGUCUUUAACCCCAAAGGUAGGAAAGGGAUCUCGGGGAUCACUCCUGGCAGGCUCAGGUGACAAUCUGGGGUGGAUCCUGGGGAAGCCCUGGGGCAGGGCCGAGUCCAAGUACAAACUACAGGAAUGUGUAUGUUUCAUGGUGAUGAGUGACGGGGAAAUUGGGGUGAGGUGAAAUUGCAGGGAGCGCUGAGGUGGGGCCCCCAAUGCCCUGCCCUGUCCCCUGUCAUCCACCCUCUGGGCUCUGUCCAUCUGCCAGAAAUCCUGGCUGAGCCAAGUGCACAUACAGAAGCCAGCUGCUCGCUUGGGAGCGGGGACUGUGCCAGCGCCAGCUUCUGGACUCCUGGCUCGGAGCCCUUGAGCCCUGUGGCAGUAGGAACUCUGGCUGGCCUCCCAUCAGGAGGGAAAUCCUCCUGCCUGGCCGCCCCCUCCCGCCUGGACUUCUGCAAGGGGAAUCCCAUGACAGUGGGUGAGGGUAUGUGGAGAGAGGGGGUAGGGUCUCCUAAUCAGACUAACUAACGGAGAUGGUGGAAACCCGAGUAUUCACCCACUUCAGGCUCCAAGUGCUUUUCUUUGGGCAACUGGGGCUUGGUUAUCCGCCUCACGGAAAGGCUUUAUGGCAAGUUCCUGUAUGCUGCCACAUCUAAAAGCAAAGAGCAUUUACCCCAGGUGCUCAGUAAAGGAAUUGGGAUUUGGGCACAGGGGCUGAGGUACCUUCCUUGCAGACCAGAGAAAUAGUACAGGGCAUAGGGCUUUGCUCUGCAUACUGCUGAUUCUGAUCCAUCCUGUCACCUCAUACGGUCCCCCAGUCCCCCAGCCCUGUCAGGGGUGAUCCCUCCAGGAGUUGGCCCCGAUCACCGCCAGGAGUGGCCUCAAAACAAAAACAAAAAGGGUGCUUGCAUGGCAAUGCGGACACAGGCUCAAUGCCAGCAUCUCUUGCCAUCCACAGCCCCAACAGAUGCGACCCCUGAGCCCUGCUUGGAUGUGGCUCCAGAAUCCUGCUCGUCCCUGAAAUAAAACUGGGGUUCAGAAAGGUGUGUUCUCUAUGUAGAGAUCAUGCAGCAGGCAAGCGCCUUCACGAGACGGGAAGGGCACUCAGGCACCUUACGGGUGUCCGCUGCGACUCCUAAGAGCCGCCUGGACUGCCCAAGAAUCAGCGCACCCCACUUCUGCCUCCCCUGGGGCCAGAAAGGGGUAUCCACGGCCCCUGCAGCCCUGGGCCUCAGUGUCCCCCCAGCACGAGGGGCGGGCAUAGGGCUGCGCGGAAGGAUGCAGGCGCGGCCAGCCGCGCGCACGGACCGGGGCGAGACGCGCUGCGGGUACGCGGGUGCGUGCACACAGCCCCGGCCGCUCUCAUUUCUGGGACCGGGGAGGCAGGGCCGCGCCAGGACCUGGAGGAUCGGGGACGUCCUCUUGGGUCCCGGCCCGGGGUACAAGCGAAGGCCCGCAAGAUCCUGAGAUCCAGAUCUGCACUCACAGCCCCCCAGGCCCCGCCCAGGCCUCGGGACCGCCCCCAUCCCCGCCCCCGCGCGCUGCUGCCCCCCCCCCCCCACCAGCACAGCGCGCCCCAACCUCGCCUCCAGCAUCCCCGGACCUGAGUGUCCAGAGAAGGAACGCGGGGCUCAGUGAGCGCCUCCACCCGGAGCUCCAGGGCCGCGUCAGUGCAGGGGGCCUGGGACCGGAAAAAAAAAUCUCCCCUUUAAAUCAACAAACAGAAAGUGCCCCUCCGUUUGCUCCGGAGACUGCUGCCCCCCAUCAUUCCAGCGCCCCUCGGGACGUGUUACCCAAUUUGGAAAACACCAGUUUGGGGAAGCCCCUCUGGCAUGGACAGCACCAGUCCCCAAGAGCUCCAGCAGCCCCUGCUGGUGGAUGCUGGCAGCUGCGAACUCCCCAUCUGGAAGCCUGGUGAGAUGGAGCUAGGCCAGGAGGCAAUCUUUGAGUCACUGAGGGCCUGGCCGUGCCUACCGCCACUUCCGUCUGUGAGCGCUGGCCUAGGGGAGCCAAGGGCCCCUGACCUUGAGGACACAUCCUCCAGCGAUAGCGACUCGGACUGGGAUGAGGGUGACCUUGUGUCCCCGCUCGAGCCCCACGACCACCUCGGCCUGGCUGUCUUCUCCAUGCUGUGCUGUUUCUGGCCCGUGGGCAUCACUGCCUUCUGCCUGGCCCAGAAGACCAAGAAGGCCUGGGCUCAGGGGGAUUUCCAGGGGGCCGGGGCUGCCUCCCGCCGUGCCUUCCUGCUGGGGGUCCUGGCUGUCGGGCUGGGGGUGUGCACCUACGCCGCGGCCCUGGUGACCCUGGCGGCCUACCUGGCCUUCCGGGACCCACCCUAGUCACCCCUGCGGUCCUGUGAACCCAGAGGCUGAGGCCUCGCCAAGCCGAGUGGAUGACGUGGUGAAGCAGCUUCCAGAACCAUCCGGAACCCAGAGCAAGCCGGACCCCCCUCCUCUUCCUGGCGGCCACGCAAGAUUAAACUCCAGAUGCAUUUACA